UAACCUCCGUCGCGGCGCGGCCGAACCGGCGAAGGCGCCCUCCUCUCGUUUCCUCCCGAAACCCCGGCAUGGGAAACAAGAAGUCGAAGCGGAGCAGGAGCAAGAAGAACAAAACCAACGCCGACCAGGCCCUGGCCCUAGACUACGUCCGCGCCUGGGUGCUCCCCGUGCCGCCACCCCUGAAGCCCUCGGCGGCCGACGUCGACGAUUUCCUGCCGGUCCAGGCUACACGCCGGGGCGAUGUGCUGUUUGAGCUCCACUCCCACUCAAACCACAGCGACGGGUUCCUCUCCCCUUCCGCACUCGUCGAGCGCGCCCAUCGCAACGGGGUGAAAGUUCUUGCCCUAACAGAUCAUGACACCAUGGCUGGCAUACCAGAAGCUGUGUCAGCGGCCUCCAAGUUUGGCAUGAGAAUAAUUCCUGGAGUUGAAAUCAGUGCGCUAUAUAAUCCAAGGGAAGUUGCUGGUGCGGGUGAGACUGUUCAUAUCCUUGCAUACUAUGGUAUGUGUGGUCCGUCGAGGUGUGAUGAGUUGGACGGCAUGCUAUUGAACAUUAGAGAUGGGCGAUACUUACGUGCAAAGAACAUGCUGGAAAAGCUAACUACACUGAAGGUGCCAAUAAAGUGGGAGCAUGUGAAUAAAAUUGCUGGUGACGGAGUGGCACCUGGCCGGUUGCAUAUAGCUAGGGCUCUGGUUGAAAUGGGUUAUGUAGAGAAUUUAAGACAAGCAUUCAACAAAUACCUAGGCGAUGAUGGCCCUGCAUAUGCCAGAGGAAGUGAACCAUUUGCUGAGACUGUUGUGCAGUUAAUUAGUCGCACUGGGGGUUUUUCUGCACUUGCUCAUCCUUGGUCAUUGAAGAACCCAGAUGCAAUAAUCAGGUCUUUAAAAGGUGCUGGUCUUAACGGUAUGGAGGUCUACAGAAGUGAUGGAGAAGUUAAUGGAUUUAGCGAACUGGCUGAGAAGUAUGGACUUCUGAAACUUGGAGGUUCAGAUUUUCAUGGAAGAGGUGGAAAAGAUGAAUCUGAUGUUGGAACAGUUAAGCUCGCUAUUACAACUUUGUGCUGUUUUUUGAAGAUGGCUAGGUCUAUCUGGUCUUCUGCUAUGAAAGACAUCCUGCUUAAGUUUGCAGAGGAACCGUCUGCUGCAAAUCUAGGAAACAUGCUCAAGUUUGGACGUCUUACCAAAUUUGCUGGUUUUUCUCCAAUAAACAAUGGUAUUCAUGUUGUUGAUUUCUGCUUAUCUUCUUGGUCAAGCAAUGAUGAUAUCGAAGAUGUUGAGCUUGAAGAGGUAAGAUUGAAGCUUGCUCAUUAUGCAGAAUAAAGAUAACCUCAACUACAUGGUCAUCUUGAGCAAUGUUUUCACACUUGUUCAAAUUACAGUAUGUGCUGUUGCAAUGUUCACUUCUUUUGCGGCCCAGUAUAACUAAUGUUGAAAUUAGAUAUGCUCAAUCUGGCAGCUUUGACAUUUUAUUCAAGAACAUAUAUUUCUCUACUAUGAUAACUGAAAUGGCGUGCAUAGAAUCAGAGCACAUCAGCAUAUUAAUAUACCGUUUCUUAUAGUGAGGAAUCAUCAUCUGUCUACAAGCUUAUGAAUGAAUCGUGUGUCUCCU